AUGGACCGGUUCGAGGCCAUCUACUCCAACACACCGCCUGCCCCUCCACCCAAGCCGGGCAGCCACGAUGUCUCCCGAAUGAGCACGCCCAUAAACACACAAUCACCUGGCGUAUCACCACUCCCAGACCAACAGCAACAUUCAGAUCUCCCAGAAACAGCAGGCAUCCCAGCUUCACAACAAGCACAAGUCACUCGACCGCAGACAGUCCCAGACCCUGGUGACCAAUGGUUGCCCCAGUUCCUUGAAGACAAGUCGUGCGCCGCCCCAACUCUAUUCCCAAAUCGCCCAAGAAAAAGCGGCAUCCUGACUAUUCUAUAUAAACACAGGAAACAAGACCUCGCCGAAAUAAUCUCCACAUCCUCCCUCCUCUCCGGGCUCACACACGGCCCCUCAACGGCACACCCGUCCCUGACCGCCAACACCGAGGCGCUAUCGACGAGCCUCUCGGCCAACAUCGACCUGGCAACGCACCUGCUUGAGCUGGAGUCUCGGCUGGCGCACGCGCGGGGAUCGGCGCAGGCGCUGCUGCUCAGCACGCACGCGUCGGAGCGGCAGUGGCGCGCCAAGCAGAGCGAGAUGGACCACGCGCUGAGCCCGUUCGCGCCCGCCAGCCUGUACCAGCGGCUGGGUGCGGGCGUCGCCGAGCAGGGCCAGGUGUGCGCUGCGCUCGAGGAGAGCUUCCUCGAGGGUGAGGGCGACGACGGCGCUGCCACCGAGAGGGAGACCCUCGACUGGGUCCGCCGGUACAGGGAGGCCAAGAAGCUGUAUUACCUGCGCCAGGAGAGGAAGGAGAGGUGGGAUGAGGGUAGGGUUGGAGGCUGGAGAUGA